AGAUCGACGUCUUUGCCACGGCAUCAAGGGUGGGUGGCUAUUGAUUGAUUAUAUAUAUUUGUGUCUACCAAGUUUAUAACAGCACCAGUCGAGUAACUAUAGAUUUGUAGAUCAGAAUAAUCUCGACAUACUCUUGUCUUGAGCAAGAUUCCAAGUUCAGAUUAGCUCAAGUAUAAGGUCAAUGGCGGCUGUUGGAAUAGUCUGUGGACUACUGUCGAAAUACUGGAGUUCCGAUAAAGAUGGAACCAACAAACAAAACCAGAAUGCUUACACAACUGCUUGUGAAGAAGAUCCAAAGCUCAAAUCAUAUGGUUCUUUGUUUGAGCAACGAUUCAACAAAUUGAAGAGCGAGCUCGCUGCAGGAGGCAAAACUGAAAAUUAUUCCCUAAACUCAGUCAAGUCGCUGUGCGGGUUUCUAGUUGAAAUGAACGAAGAUAUGGCCGAGGAAAUUACCGCCAGCAAAGAUGUAUUGGAGAACGAAGAACUAAGGUCUUUGGUUGAUCUCUAUUAUGAGAGUUCCACGAAAACUUUAGAUCUAUUUAAUACCGUGGAGAAGUGCACCAAGAAAGCAAAAUUAAGCUUUUUGAUCGUUAAAGUUGCGAUCAAAAAGUUUGAAAAAGAGUCGAUGGACGACACGGAUUUUGAAGGAAACCUGAAGAAGAAGAAGAAGAAGUACGCCGAAACGUUAGUGGAGCUGAACAAGGUUAAAGCUAUGGGCGAUCCUUUUGGUGACGAGUAUAAGAAUCAGUUGGAAUCUGUACGCUCGGAGCACCUUGUGCUUUUAAAGAAGAUCCAUGAGCUGCUGGUGAAGAUUGAUAAAAAAAAGGCGAAAUUAAAGAGAAGGAGGAGACUGGUGGCUAUUCUUUACGCUUCUGCGGCUUUGACUUUUAUGGCCGUAGAGACUUACGUAUGCAUAGCAUUCGUACCUCCGUUGGCGUUCAAUACUGCCAUUACGGCUGCGACUGGGUUGAACUACAUGAUUGGAACUGCAGGAAUAUUGAUCAAUGAGGUGAUGAAGAACCGUGAGAGGGAUUUGGAUAGACAGAAAGAGUUAGUCAAAGAUAUGGAGAACAAGACGACUCUCAACAUCCAAGGGACAGAUACGGUAAACAGCCUAGUCGAGAAGCUUAUUGGGAGGCUCUCAUUGAUUCUGGAUUCUGUGGAUGUUGCUGCAGUGAAUAGAGAAGAGGAGGCCGUAAAACUUGUGAUGGAAGAAAUCGUUAGCGAAGUGACUGGGUUUGCUGAGGUAAUCAAGGAAGUUGGUGAAGCUGUGGCUACGUGUAGCACAUGUGUCGCUGCGGGGAAAGUACAAAUUCUGGAACACAUAACCAAAUCAAUGUCAUCGAAAGGGAAGAAGUAAACUAUCCUAUGUAUUUACACUUUUAUAUAUAUAUAUAUUUUUUUUGACAUCAUUUACACUUUUAUAUUUAUGUUUGAAGUGUGCCAAACUCGUAUUUUAUGUGUGAAUCAUAAUUGGGAUUUACGUCUCAUUGUCCUUUCAGUUUGUCAUGUCGGCCAUAUCCAUCAUAUACAAUAGGAUCGAUUUAUGUUACUUUUAAAUAAAUUAAUAUUGUAUUAUUUCUCU